UUAAUCAACUCCCCCUUCUCUCUCCCCCUUGCCCACUUUCUCUCUCUAAAAUCUCCCCCCUUUCCUACUUUCUCUCCCUAACCUUUCUCAUCAUAUAUCUACUUUGCUAGUGGAGAAUUUUGUGGAGGAGAAAAACUAUCACAUAUAUUCAAAGCAAAAUUCCAUCUUUUCUCUUAAUUAUUUAUCCGCCACUCUGUUUUCCUUUGGUGUUUUCUCUCUCCAAUCAUCCCCAGAAAAAAGUCAUCUACUGAGUUGAUUGAAGAGAGAUUUAAGUUCUCUGACAGAUUCCCAGUUUUGUUUGGAUAUAUAGAGAAAUAAAAACUUCAUAAUAAAAACUUUGGAUAUAUAAUGUUUUUGGAGUUCGAAUUCUUCCUAUGUGACGAAGAAAAAGUUGAAGGAGAGUGGGAGAAAGAACGAUAGAUAAAUCAUCAAAAUCUUUUACAUUUCCACAAAACCCGCAAAAAAAUUCGGCAGAAAUCUUUCAGAACGAAGCUCCAAAUUCUAACAACUUCGAAUAAUUGGUCAACUUUUUCUUGUGCAGGGUUUUAAUAGAAUGUCAGCAACAAUCAUGAGUGAACCAAUUGUAGUAUCAACAACCCAACAAGAUUCUUCAACAUCAGCAGCUUCAAUCCAAGCACAAAAUGAAGUACAAUUCAUAAAAUGUGAAUGUUGUGGUUUAACAGAAGAAUGCACCCUUGCUUAUAUUGAGAGGAUCCGAGAAGGGUACAUGGGUAAAUGGGUAUGUGGACUUUGCUCUGAAGCUGUUGAAAAUGAAGUUGUUCGCUCCGAGAGCCUAAUUAGCACCGAGGAGGCUCUCAAUCGCCUUCUUAAUGUUUGUAGGAGUUUUCGUUCAUCAUCUCCGCCUGCAGGCGGUGAUCCGACUGUCCAUCUCAUCUCCGCAAUGCGCCACAUUCUCCGCCGGAGCCUUGAUUGCCCGCGGGGUGGUCUUCGAUCUACCCCCGCGAGCCCUACAAGGGAUACCCUCGAUCAGAGGCGCGCCAUGCUCUCUAGGUCUGAGAGUUGCUUCGCGGAAUUAUGAGACAGAGGGAGUAAUUAUUAAUCGCGGAGCUACACGACAGGGGAGUAAUUAUUAUUAUUAUUAUUAUUAGAUGGUUUAAGACCAAGCACAUGGAGGAAGAUUAACAUGAAAUAAUUAUGUUUGGGGAGGAAAGUUGGUGUGUGGCAUAAGGAAAUGUUGGGUUAUGUUCUUGUCAAUUGUACAAAAUUGAGGUCCUAAUGGAGGGAAAUUGCGACUAAAAAAAAGUUAAAAAUAAACUAAAAAAUAAAAGAAGGAAACUUGGUGGUGCAAGUGAGUGAUUGAAAGAAUGGUAAAGAUGAUGAAAAGAGGGACUUAGAAGUCAUCGUUUGCUUAGGAAGAAUUGGCAAAUUUCCUUUACUAGCAAUAGCAUUACCCCUCCCCUUAAUUGUAGUUUUGCUUUAUGCAAUUUUGUGUACAUAGUUAUAAAUAUGACAUAAUAUGUAUGGCUUUUAAUAAAAUCAUUUCCGGAUUCUAAAU